AUUGGUAAGAAACUUGGAGAUUCUCAUAAUAAUCAAUUAAGUCCUGCAAAGAUUAGAGUUGUACUAUGUGCAAUGUCCAUGUCAUUAAUGUUUGCAUUUAUUGAUCAAAAUGGUAUUUCUGUUGUCUUACCUUUCAUUGCUAAUGAUUUAAACGCUCAACUAACAAUAAGUUGGGCAGGUACUUCACAAUUGAUUGCAAAUUGUUGUUUCCAAUUAUUAUGUGGCCGGUUUGCUGAUAUUUUUGGUCGUAAAAAUGUUUUAGUAUUUAUGAUUUUAAUGUUGGGAUUUUUCGAUCUUGCCUGUGGAUUAGCUCAAACUGAUGUACAAUUCUUUAUAUUUAGAGCAUUAUGUGGUGUGGCUAAUGGUAGCGUAAUGUCAUUAGUUAUGGUUGUUAUGAGUGAUCAUGUUAAAUUAGAAGAUCGUGGGAAAUAUCAAGGUUAUUUAACUGCGUUUAUUGGUAUUGGGAAUGGUGUGGGGCCUUUAUUAGCUUCUGCUUUUGUGCAACAUAGUAAUUGGAGAAAUUAUUAUUAUACUUUAUUUGCUUUAAUUGUGGCAAGUUCUUCAAUUAUUAUAAUAUUCAUACCAAAUUCAAAAUCUCCAAUAAGUACAAGGGAAAAAUUGAAAAACAUUGAUUAUUUAGGUUGGGUUUUCGGUGCUAUUGGAUUAAUAUUAAUUUUAAUUCCUAUAAAUGGUGGUGGAUUAACUUUUAAAUGGAAUGAACCAAAAGUUAUUAUAAUGUUUGUAAUUGGUGGUGUUUCAUUUAUUGGAUUUUUCAUUACAGAAAUGUGGAUUGCUAAAUUACCAUUAGUACCAUUUAGAGUUUUCAGAUCAACUUCAUUAGCAAUUAUAUUUGCACAAAGUUUUUUCUCAGGAGUUGCAUUUUAUCCAUUAUUUUAUUAUUAUGCCUAUUAUUUUGAAGUUGUUAGAAAUAAAUCGGUUUUAAUAACAGCUUGUUAUUCAUUAUGUGUUGUUGGACCACAUUCCACAAUUUCUGCAAUCUCGGGGAGAUUUGUUUCAUGGACAAAACAUUAUAAUCCAACUCUAUGGACAGGUUUUGCACUUUGGACAUUGGCGUUAUCAUUAUUAGCUGGUGCAUUAGCUAAAAAUACGAAUUUGGUUGGAGUUGCAUUCAUAAUGGUUGUUAAUGGAUUAGGACAAGGUAUGACAUUUCAAAAUACUUUGGUUGCAGCUUUAGCACAUUCAAGAAGUCAAGAUAGAGCAGUUGUCAUAUCUACAAGAAAUGUUCUUAGGUCAUUUGGAGGUUCAUUUGGUCUUGCCUUCAGUGCUUUGAUUUUCUCAACAACUUUUACUAAAAAAUUACAAAAUGAUUCAUUUAUAAAUCAAUCAGAUAAUGCAACGUUGAAAAAAUAUUUACAACAACAUGUUUAUGCAAAGAUUGACUAUUCACAAAUCUCGAUAAAUGAUGAACAACAUGAAUAUAUAAGAGAUUUAUAUAUGAAAUGUUGUAAAGAUAUAUUCACAUUUUGGGCACCAGUUGUUGGAUUAUGUUUUAUUCUUUCAUGGUUAAUUAGAGAUCGUGGUUUGGUGUCUAAAACUGAUCAAAAGGAUAGAGACGAG